AUAUUAGAAAAUGUUCAAAUUGCGGUAAUGCGUAUGAUAUGGGAUAUUUCUAAUGAUAAUGAUAAUAAUGAUAAUUUCUGCCAUGCAAAAUUGAUGAUAAUUUCCGGUGAUAAUAACCUGAUAAUAAUUUUCGCCAUGCGAAAGAUGAAACCGCUAUACGCUGCAUACAUUGAUAUACCGAUGAAACGGAAGCAGUCCGGAAUGACAACAGUGAAAUUAUUCCUAUUAACCUAUUCACCGGUCAAAAGAACUUUUAACCGAAUUAGUAUAUAUCAGGAUAAUGGACGGAGUUUCAUGAAACAAACCGGAAUCGAUCCGUAUUAUACAACGAAAUAUCGAAAUUAA